ACACACACACACACACCAGGCUCCUGUCUCUGCACUGAGGAGGUGUGUGUGAGAGAGACAGAGUGCGUCUAACUUGUUGUGCUGGAUCUUUAAUCUCCCUUUUCAUCCCCAAGAACGAGCCUCAGUGAGCUUCUCCUGCUCGGGAAGAAAACAUGACGGACGCAGCAACCAACAUGCGGCUGAGGCUGCCGAUCAUCUGCUUCAUCCUGGAGAUCAUCCUCAUCAUCCUCUUCGCUACUCUGGUGCAGUACAACGAUGAGACGGAUGCCAAGGAGUGGCAUGACAAGAACCACUCUGAGUAUGAGAACGACUUCUACUACCGCUACCCAAGUUUCCAGGACGUGCACGUGAUGAUCUUCAUCGGCUUCGGCUUCCUCAUGACCUUCCUGCAGCGCUAUGGCUUCAGCAGCGUGGGCUUCAACUUCCUUAUCGCUGCCUUCGCCCUGCAGUGGGCCACGCUCAUGCAGGGCUUUUUCCACGGUAUGCAUGGAAGCAAGAUCCACAUCGGGGUGGAGAGUAUGAUCAACGCUGAUUUCUGCACCGGUGCUGUGCUCAUCUCAUUUGGAGCCGUUUUGGGUAAAACCAGUCCUGUCCAGUUGCUGGUCAUGGCGAUGUUUGAGGUCACACUGUUCGCCGUCAAUGAGUUCGUCCUACUAUCCACUCUGGGGGCCAAGGACGCCGGCGGCUCCAUGACCAUCCACACGUUUGGAGCCUACUUCGGCCUUAUGGUGACCCGAGUCCUGUACCGGCCAAACCUGGAUAAGAGCAAACACAGGAACAGCUCAGUGUACCACUCUGACCUGUUCGCUAUGAUCGGUACCAUCUACCUGUGGAUGUUCUGGCCCAGCUUCAACUCUGCCGUCACAGCUCAUGGAGACGACCAGCACCGCACAGCCAUGAACACCUACUACUCCCUGGCAGCCUGCACUCUGUCCACAUACGGCAUGUCCGCGCUCACAGCACACGACGGCAAACUGGACAUGGUCCACAUCCAGAACGCUGCGCUGGCCGGUGGAGUCGCAGCAGGAACAGCUGGUGAGAUGAUGCUGACACCUUACGGCUCCAUGAUCGUUGGCUUCCUGGCCGGCAUCAUCUCUGUUGUGGGCUUCAAGUACCUCUCCCCCGUCCUGGAGGAAAAACUGAAGAUCCAAGACACCUGCGGGGUUCACAACCUGCACGGCAUGCCCGGCGUCCUGGGCGCUAUUGUGGGAGCGGUGACUGCAGCCGUGGCAACUACAGAUGUUUAUGGAAAAGGUAUGCACGACGUGUUCCCUGAUGUGGCAAGCGGAAAAAUCCAAGCGUCCUACCAGGGCGUCCGACAGGCCAUCUCCCUCGCCGUCACCCUCGGCAUCGCCCUGGGGGGAGGACUUAUCGUCGGUUUCAUUCUGAAGCUUCCCGUCUUCGGUGCUCCUCCCGACACCAUCUGCUACGAGGACAGCAUCUACUGGGAGGUGCCCGGAGACGAGGAGGAACAUGACGACCAGCUGACCGCCGUGAGGACGACAGAGACUGAGAAGCUCAACAGUUAGACACAAUCAGAACCACACACACACACACACUCACACACACACACACACACACACACACACACACACACACACACACACACACACACACAUCCUAGCACUUGAGUAUGACACCUUUUAGGUUGUUACACAUACAGAUGGACCUGCAUCGUGUUCAUGUCAACUGGCAAAUGUCUGUUUGUGUAAAACUCCAAACUUUACAUUUUUUUUAUCCUGCAGAAAUACAAAUAAAAAUGUGUUGAACUGAAUAUGUGCAGCUGUGGCCACAAGAGGGCGCUGUAGAGUUGUGUGUGACUCUGGAAACACUGCGCUGGGGGGUGAUGUGUCUAAUUGUCCCGUAAAGCAGACAGAGACACGUGACACAGUUUAAAACCCAAAGACAAACAGACUCCUUCACAACCCUGCUCCAAUAGAAACGUUGAGUCUUGGGAAACAUUUAAAAAACAUAUUUUUACAUUUUCUAUAUUUUGAAUAAACGAUUUUCAUGCAAAACAAUGCAAAGGCAUUUUUUUAAAAAUAUGUGUAUUAUCUGCUACUUUAGGUUAUUAGGUUAUUAAACUGUAUGUGAGGCGUUACAAUAAAGAUGCCACCGUUUUACAUUCA